AUGUUUACCCAACCAGACGCACGCCCAAAAUUCCAGGAACAGCUAGCGUCUGAAGUCAAGUCCAUCUAUGCAGGUCUGAUCAUGGUCGAAACAAAGUGUAUUCAGACGGCGGAUAAAAGCACUAGCCCUCCGCUUACUCCGAAUUAUGCGACGAGGGCGAAUAUCUCCUGGCAGCCAUUGAUCGCUCUGCAUAGGACCUUGUUGCACGAACAUCAUGACUUUUUUACUCGCCUUUCAGCACCCUUCCACUACGCCGUCUUGCACAAGUACUCAGUGCCGGCGCGGAUGUGGAAGCACGGUAUUCACUCUUUCCUUGAGCUAGUAUCCCGUUUGCACGCUUACGCCAUGCUUUUCUUCUCCGAGCCGCCGGGAAUCGAUACUGGACUGCAGAUUUACACUGCUAGCAAAUGUCAAGAAGAAUAG